CGUCGUCCGGCAUGAAAUGCUGAUGCUUUAGUGAUCAAUCCCGCAUCAAGCGCAAAGGUCAUGCAGUAGCUUAUUGUGUAGCUGGCUACCUGGUUUUACGCCUACUGACUUCGCUUGCAAUGCAUUACCAACUGCAGAGAGGACAUUACCCGUUUCAUAGACACAAAUAGAAGCCCCGAUUGCUUCAGUAGUGCUAGUAAGAGUAAUAAACAUUUACCGCGCUCAGCGUGUUGCGGAGGCUCUGAAGUCAACAGCAGCUUGGAAAAGCAAGCACGCCGAUGCCACCCUAUGGGUCAACGCGCAACCUUACGCAGCAGUUUAUACGGCUGCGUAAUGAGGCACGGAGGCUACAAGGGUUGGCGGGGACAGGGCAAGGGGACAAGGCAACGGAGAAGCUAAUAAGCGCGGCGUUGGGCAAUUCAUCAGAUGUGGAAGCAGCAGGUUCUGCCAGCAGCUCAUCCAUUGCGCCAGUAUGGGUCCAGCAGUCGGAGAGGAUCCGCAUAGAGAUGAAUCUCGUCAAGGAACGGUUAUCAAAGCUCAAAGAGUACCACGCCAAGGCGUUGCUCGUUACGUUCGAUGGGGAAAGUGAAGCACAGCUCCAUGCGGAGGCGUUGACACGAGAGAUUCAGCAGAGCUUUAAGCGCUUGGAUGCAGCUAUCCGUGCCAUGGCGCAGAGCACAGGGCACAACGAGGACCCGGCAGUACGGCAGCAAGUGCAGGGGCAGCUAGCACAGGCGCUGUUUAAGCUGACGGUUGAGUUCCGCAAAGAGGAGACGCGCUUCCUGAACAAGGUGGAGGAGCAGAAGGGGCUCGCGCAGGGCUCCACGCUGGGGCUCAUAGAGGCGGAUGAGGGGAACAGGCCCGGCGAGCCCUCGGACCCUGGCUUCACCCAGAGCCAGGUGGCCAUGGUGGACAUCUCCACCGACCUCAUCAGCGAGCGCGACACCGGCAUCCGCAAGAUCGUGGAGGCCAUUGCGGAGCUGACCCAGAUCAUGCGCGACCUGAACACGCUGGUCAUCGAGCAGGGCACCAUGCUGGACCGCAUCGACCACAACGUCACGCAGACGGCGGACAAGGUGGAGGUGGGCGUCAAGGAGCUAAACCGCGCCGAGGCGACCCAGAAGCGCGGGCGCAUGUUUGUGUGCAUCAUAGCUCUCAUCUGCCUCAUCGUGCUGAUGCUCAUCAUUGUGAUGAUCCGACACAUCUGAGGACGUACAGGAGGCGGGGCUGGACCGGAGCCGGAGUUUGUAGGCGCUGCGUCCACACAUACCACUACCUGAGAGGCUAAAGCUGCUGUGUGUAUGCAUGCAUGUAUACUUUUGCGUGCAUGAAGCGGCGCGUACCGGCUAAAAAGGACGCAUCUAAUGAGUUACGGUAGCUGCCGCUGCCGUUGGGAUGUCCCCAGGGCUCGCUCAGCAAACGACUAGAGGCCGCUGCUGUGGCCAGGAACAUGCAGCCCGCGGCUCGAGGAGCAGCAGUACACUGCGGUAGCAGCUGCCGUACCUACUGCGUUUUGCGUUCUAGGCGUUUGGGUUUGUUUGCACCGGUGGGCAGGGCGUGUUAAUUGGUGUGGCAAGUGCACGAGGUGCUGUCGUACUCUGAGCGGCUCGGGAUGCGGUAUCGCCGCGGUGUGGGCUGGGGUGUGGCGAUGGCGUGAAGGCAGGGUGGAAUGGGCGCUUGUGGUGCUGGCCUUGUGUGGCUUGGUGGUUGCAGAGGCCGUUGCCGGAGGUACAUGUCGUACAUGUCGCUAACGUUCCUAAGUACGGCACCGCACGGCAGUUCGUGGGGAGCAGCCUUGGACAACGUUGGGCACUUGUACGGCUCUCGCAGUUCAUGCCUGCUUGCUUGCACGUUGCGAGAGCAGGUGGUUAUGCAAGAGUACAGGGGUCUUGAUGUCGGGUUUUGGCGAACUUGGACGAUGAUUGGACGAAGG